AUCUGGGACAACAGCGGGCACUGAGUCAUCUGGCAGAACAGCGGGGCAACCGGGUCACCAAGCUCGACAGCGGGCACCGAGUCAUCUGGCACGACAGCGGGUACCGAGUCAUCUGACAUGACGGGGGGCACCGGGUCAGCUGGCUUGACAGCGGGCACCGAGUCAUUGGCAUGACAGCGGGCACCGAGUCACCAACCCCCGACAGCGGGCACCGAGCCAUUGGACACAGCGGGCCCCGAGCCCUUGGCAGACAGGGGGACCGAGCCUUCUGGCACGACAGGGGCCCCGAGUCUCUAGCACGA